AUGACUGAUAAGCUCUCGCUCAAGACGCCCCGGGGCAGGACAGUGGCCUUUCCCACGGGUCUCUUUAUCGACGGCAAGUUCAGCAAGUCGAGCGAUGGCACGACGCUCACGUCCAUCAACCCGGCGACGGGUAAGCCGCUGGGCGACGUCAGUGCCGGCACACGCGCGGAUGUCGACCGCGCCGUCGAGGCGGCCCGCACGGCUUUCGAUACCGUGUGGGGGCCCAACAGCACGCCCGAUGUGCGGUGCAGGGCGCUGAACAAGUGGGCAGACCUGAUCGAGGCGCAUGCAGACGAGCUGGGCGAGCUCGAGAGCCUGGACAACGGCAAGCCCGUGUGGAUGGCGCGCGACGUCGACAUCAUGGACAGUGCCGGCUGCCUGCGCUACUAUGCCGGGCUUGCUGACAAGGUAGAGGGGAAGACGAUUGAGCAGACGGAAGGGCAGAAGCUCGCAUUCACCCGGUCCGAGGCCAUCGGUGUCGUGGGGCAGAUCAUCCCGUGGAACUACCCGAUCCAAAUGUUCGCCUGGAAGGUGGCACCUGCCCUUGCGGCGGGCAACACCAUCGUGCUCAAGCCGGCGGAGCAGACACCGCUCAGUGCGCUCCGCCUCGCCGAGCUCUCGGUCGAGGCCGGCUUCCCGCCGGGCGUCAUCAACAUCGUCAAUGGGCUGGGACCGAUCGUGGGCCAGGCCAUUGCCGAGCACGAGGGCAUCGACAAGGUCGCCUUUACCGGGUCCACCGUCACGGGCAAAAAGGUGGCCGUGGCGGCGGCGACGAGCAACCUCAAGCGCACCACGCUCGAGCUCGGCGGCAAGUCGCCCGCCGUCGUGUUUGAGGACGCGGAUCUGGAGCAGGCCGCGCACUGGGUCACCAACGGCAUCCUCUUCAACAUGGGCCAGGACUGCGCGGCGUCGUCGCGGCUGCUGGUGCAAAAGAGCAUCCACGACGACUUUGUCGCGCGCCUUGUCCGCAACUUUGAGGCCCAUCAGAUCGGCGACCCCUUUGACGACAAGACGACGCAGGGGCCCCAGGUGUCGGAGAUGCAGUACAAAAAGAUCCUGGGAUUGAUCCAGUCGGGCAAGGAGCAGGGCGCCACCGUCGCCACGGGCGGCGACACGGUCCAGUUUGCCGCGGGGCACGAGUACAACGGCGGCUACUUUGUGCGCCCGACGAUCUUUACUGGCUGCCGCAAGGGCAUGCGCAUCUACGACGAGGAGAUCUUCGGGCCUGUCCUGUGCGUCAUGGCCUUUGACGACGAGGACGACGCGGUGCAGCGAGCCAACGACACGACGUACGGCCUGGGCGCCGGCAUCUUCUCCGAGAAUGCGAGCCGGUGCAUGCGCAUGGUGCACAAGCUCAAGGCCGGCACGGUGUGGUGCAACAUGUACCUCGCCCUGAGCAACGCCGUGCCCUUUGGCGGUUUCCGCCAGUCGGGCUACGGCCGCGAGCUGGGCAUCGAGGGCCUUGCCGCCUAUGUCCAGACAAAGGCGGUGCAUUGGAACUAUGGCGAGAAGGCCGUGUGGCCCGUGACUGGUUGAUGUCCGAUACACUCUGCAAUUCGAGCUUAUUGCACUUCCUCUGCAAUACAUGCUAGUUAGACCUUCCCUGCUUGCCUCUAACUUCAUAGAUAUGACUUUGCGAGUGAGUCACUGAAUCCCGACUCCAAGUCUCAUCGAGUCCGAGUGGCCACACAGUCAGGCGAGAAGAGAAGACGGGGACCAGCUGUGCAAGUCAAGCAUCUAACGUCUUUGCUAUUUGCGAGCUCUCUGCAAAUCAUUCUUCCU